AUGUCGUCGAAACUAGUACCAUCCGAUCCAGCCAGUGUUAUGGUGAUUCGCGAUGUCGUUCCACGCGUUAUCACCACUCUAUCAGUACCCUUCUGGAGAUUCGGUCGCGUGAAGAUCGGCGGAAGAGGAACAAUUGUUCGUCUCGAAUCCGGUGCUGUCGCCGUUUUCUCCCCUGUCGCAUUGACCGAAGAUGUCAAGCAGAAGGUAUCUGAGCUAGGCGAAGUAAAGUACAUUGCCGCUCUCGAUGCAGAGCACCACAUCUUCCUCGGUCCCUGGCACAAAGAAUACCCUAAUGCCCAGGUUAUGGGUCCCGACGUCCUCCCCGAAAAGCGCGCAAAGCAAAACGAUGAAAAGGUCCCCUUCUCCAUCCUCUUCAGCGCCAACAAGCCCGUCGAGUCCAUCUCGCCCGAGUUCGACGCCGAAUUCGAUUGGGAAUACGUACACUCGCACAUCAACAAGGAAAUCGUCUUCCACCACCGUCCUACCCACACUCUCAUCCAGGCUGAUCUCUUGUUCAAUCUACCUGCUACAGAGCAAUUUAGCAAAACUGGCAUCAAUGCGAAUAGUGGUAUCCUGACGAAGAUCUUCACCGCACUGCAGGGUACAAAGGGAGAUGCGAAGUGGCAGCAGCGCACUAUUUGGUACGGAACUAGUGCGAGUGACAGGAAGGGCUUUUCGGCUAGUGUGGAGAGGAUCAACAAGUGGGGAUUCAACAGGAUUAUCCCUUGUCACGGAGACGUGAUGGAGGAAGACGGUAAGGGUAUCUUUGAGAAGAUUAUGAGGUGGCAUCUGGAUGCUGCGGCACAGGGGAAGAAGAGUACCUAA